UUGGCAAUUGGCUAGUGUUUUUUUUUUUCUACCAAAAAUCACAAAAUAACACUGGCUAAUAUAGAGAAAGAUUUAAUUUAAAUUUUAAAACAAAAAGAUAGGUUUAAAUUUCGAAUCUUUAUUUGCAUUUGCUUCGUUACCUUUCAGCUUAACAAGUCAACGUAUUUUUCUUGGAUUUUAGUUUUUAUAUUUUUGUGAAGAAAUUUAUAAUGGAUCCCAUUGCGGUUUUACAAAGCAGAAUUGAGCAACUCGAAGCUAAAUUGGGCUUACCCUCUAAUUCCCUUAUUGAGGGUCAACAAGGUGAUUCAGUAACAGCGAACCUAUUAAAUACGGCCCAAGCUAUCAGCAAUGCUACUGCUGGACAUGAAAAGCUUAUGCAGGCUCAGAAUAUGGCCUCAGAAUUGAACAACUACACUGAUCCAAACUUUAUAGAAAAUAUGCAACAAAAUACCAUGAAUAUGCAUGAAAUAGCAGCCGCAGAGCCGGUAAUCAAACAUCAUUGCCAUUGUAUGCAUAGAUGUAAACAGGCUGCCCCUGUAUUGGAGUCUGAGGUGUUACAGCAAGUACCCCAAAUGCAGGAAGCUGUAAAUAACAUGCACAUUGCUGCUGCAGAAGCGAAGGCAGAAGCUGAUGGGGUAUCCCAAGGAAUUCAAGAACUGGCUGAAACCUGUGGUGCUGCUGCUUCCAAUGCUUCUGAACAACUGACUAAUGUUGCUCAAAAGGUUGAGCAGGCUGAACAAAAAUUGUUUCCUAAAAGACGAAAUGGAUUAGAUUAAACAAUUCAGAUCUGUAACACCUGUUAAUAAAGUAUUGUUUUAUAUUUAUUUAAUUGCUUAAAUUAAAAAGUAUAUUAUUCAAAUCAA